AUGAAUCAAAAGAGAAGUAAUUCAACUGAUGACUGUUUAAUCGAUCAUCGUACAAACUCCUAUUCACCAAGAGUGAAUCCUCAUGAUGGCCGUAAUGUGUUGCCUAUGAUCGACUAAAAUGCCAAAAGGAAGAGUCUUUCUCAUUUUGGAAGGGAGCAUAGUGCAAAAUUAUAGCCAAAGGAAUCAGAUUCUCUGGAUGAUGGCCAAUCUGAUUAAGUUGAGCAAACUCCAUUAUAAUAGAGUUCGUCUCCUCCAAACAAAUCUUUGCGGUCCUCAUUGAACCAAUCUAAGAAAAUUCAAUCGUUCAGAUUUCGAUGUGUGUUGACUCAUGAAAUAUUGGAACCUCGGGAUAAGAUUAAAAUAUAAACAAAAAAUACAAGAAUAAAGUUGGAUGCUAUCAAGUUAGUAGGAGGAAACAUUUAUAUUGGAGAAUGGUUGGAUUAGGUGCCAGAUGGCAAAGGAAAAUAUACUUUCUCUGAUUAAUCCUUUUACUAAGGUGAAUUCAGUAAGGGUUGUUUACAUGGUCGAGGGGAGUUCAAGAGCAAGGAGGGCAAUACAUAUAGAGGACAAUGGCAUAAUAAUAGAAUGUAAGGCUAAGGGAUUUACACAUACAAUAAUGGUUGUAAAUACGAAGGUAUUAUUUGUUAGAGACUUUUAGGCAAUUGGGAGAGAGAUCUACCCAACGGAGAAGGAAUGGAAUGGUAUGCCAAUGGAUCUGUCUAUGUGGGGAGCUUUUAGAACGGAGAAAAACAUGGACUAGGAAAAAUCACUUUCAUCACUGGUGAGGUCUAUGAAGGAGAGUUUGAGUUUGAUGAUUUUAAUGGCAGAGGAGUUUAUAGAUGGCAAGAUGGUAGAGUAUAUGAUGGAAAUUGGAUUGAUGGCAAAAUGAAUGGAAAAGGUAGGUUGACUUGGCCUGAUGGAAGAUAUUAUGAGGGAGAAUAUAUAAAUGAUAAAAAAAAUGGUUUUGGAAUAUUUCUAUUUGCUGAUGGUCGUAAGUACAUAGGGUUAUGGAAACAAGGACUGUAACAUGGAGAGGGUGAAUUCUUUAAAGGUCUAGGGCAAGAAUCUACCAAAGGCAUUUGGAAACAUGGAAAACUAGUUAAACUUCUAUGA